AUAUUCAGCAUUUUUAUUUGAUGGCUCCAUUUAAUGUAUUAUGAAAAUUGCAGUUCACCCAUUAACUCAAGAAUUAACCGAGAAAGCUCUUCGGAAGGACAGAAAAGUGUCCUUGAAUCAAGACGAGACAAAAAUACAGGAUUUAGGACGGAUGUUAACAAAGUUUAAUAAGAUGGAAAGUGUCGAGGCAGCACCUCCAGCCCCAGCAGUGUCAGCAGCAUCAGCCAUGACGCGCGUGGGCAAUCAUACUAACAGCAGCGACCCCCAGUCGGUGCAGAGUCGUGUGUUCGUGGGCAAUCUCAAUACGUACGUGGUGGGCAAGGAGGAGGUGGAACGCAUCUUCAGUCGCUAUGGACGUCUCAUCGGAAUCUCCAUGCAUAAAGGGUACGCCUUCGUGCAGUACACAGACACUUGGGAUGCCAGGAAUGCCGUCGUGGGGGAAGACGGACGAACAGUGGCAGGUCAACUACUUGACGUGAACAUGGUCUCGGAGCCCAAACCUCACCAAGUGAACAGGAAAAGAUCCCUCUUCAGCCCUACUACAUUCGUGAACGUGAAUCGUGGUGUCCCUCCCUUGAAGCGAGCGAGGACGGAUCUGCUGGGCCCCCGACCUUCGCUGCCCAGAUUCACGGACAAGGAACAGGCAUCCAUCGACGCCCUCUACAACAAUGGAGAGCCAGAUAUCCUGAUUUGUGGGAACUGCAAAGAGGUGUUCCCCGGAAUACACAAGCUCAUCGAGCAUAAAAAACAAAGCUGCAAACUACGUUUCACCUGCAGAUGUCAACACACAUCCAGUCCUCCUGGAGCCCCAGCAAUGCCGGUGUGCGCCCAGUGCCAGUCACGACAAAACACGUGGUGGGAUUUAGUGCAGCACUUUCAGGUUGCACACAACGCGCUUCUUUAUGUCAAGGAAGAUGAACUCACAGAAAGUUCCAACAUGAAAGGAGAGGAGGAAGGUUCCACCUGUUCUAAUUGCAGCACUUCCGAUUCCAGAAAUGGCACGAGUCUCACCCAGGAUUGCUGGGAAGAACAGAGAGAUGUUGCCACAGAGGCGGACAUUCGAAACGACGAAGAGGAAAGUCGACAGCACCAGACACCCCCUGCAGAAGACAAAUCCGUGGACACCACGGACCUAAAAGCAUCUUUGGGAUGAUUUCUCUAAGCAUCAAAGGGUCUCCCGGCGAUCGGCUAUGGAAGCCUCCUGAGCCCUUUUGGAACAAUGCCAUCUCAGGAACAAAAGAACGGGAACACGCGCAUACACUCUUGGAAUAUUCCAGAUGAACGAUCUCUUUUGUGACAUUGGUGAAGAUCAGUGGGAAAAUGUAUUCCAUAGUGAUGUGCCUGCAGCGCUGCUGCAAGAUCGCUGGAAAACUCAUUUCCCCAGCGAUCUCUGUGAAAGCACUGCUGCAGAAUCUCCUGAAACGAUGGAGUACAAAAAUCGCAGGGGUCAUCCAUUCCCCAAGGUGACGAGAGGCUUCCCCAGCUGAGGUUCGCCACAGGAAGGACAAUGUCCACCAUCAUGUGUAUAUCUCUCUAUUUUUGGAUUCUCCUCACCCUCUUGUAGCUCCGGGAAGAGUGUCUUCUGGUCGUUCUCUCAUCUCUGUAGGUGUCCUUCGACACAUCUUUCGUGCCCCUGCCCUGUCCUCGAAACUUCUGGAGAAACUUUUAGUCACUCUUCGAUGAAAGCUUAAAGCUAAUGCUCAAUUAAUUCAAAUACAAAACUCCGUUUAAGAUUCUGUCUAAACUGAUAGAAACUUAUUCAAAAACAUAAAGGAUAAUUUUCACCAACUUUUGAAAUUAAUGUCCCCUAAGUCAACGAAGAGUUCUUUAAUAUAAAAAAAAAAAUUGCAAACAUAUAUUUAUCAAAUCCGCGAGUAAAAAUUACUCAUUUAGUGCUCUUGUAUACUUAAAUUAAAUUAGUUUGGAAUAAAAAAUUGAAAUACUAAUUGAAAAUACUGUAAUAAAAAAACUUCUCAUUGUAAAGAUGAAGUCUUGCUUAAAUUAGGAUCAAAUAUACAUGUAAAUAUUUUGUCAUGAUAGAUUUAUUGCAAGAAAACAUAUUCUAUUUCGGAUAUGUUAUAUGCUGUUCUUGUAAAAUUAUAUAUUGAUGAGUUUAGAAUUGCAGACAAUUACAUUGCUUAUUGUCAUCAAAAAUGUAGUUAAAAUUUGAACAAAAGAGAUACGUUCUUAAUAGUAAAAAUUUUUUAUAAAUUAUAAAGAGCUAAAAUUUAUAUUAGACCAAGAUACCAUUUAUUUUUUAUUAAUCUGAUAGUUUGGAAAUUUUGGUAGAUGUUUUAUGUGAGAGUCCUAUCUAUCCAUCAAAAUGCAUUUACUGAAAACAUGUUUUCUCUGGAAUUCGUAAGUUUCAGAAAACUUCACACGAUGGGCUUAUUGAAAUAUUAGCAAUUUUCUAAAGACACUGACAAAAAAAAUGUAUGUACUUUAUUUUGAUGCUUUAAUGUAUAUGUUACUUAUCAAGUUUGAGCGACAGAGGCUUUGCAAGAAAGAUGCGAGCGACCGAUAGCAAUUCUAUGUCAACAGAAAUAAAUCCAUGUCUUUGUCUUUUAGAACCUAUGUGUAUACAGCGGAUGUUGAGUGUGGGGGCCACUUGGUACAUCUGUGUUAAAUAUUGCUAAACUCUCUGGAAUUUGAAAAAGAUUUUCGCAAACUCAACCUCCGCUCGUGGCUGUUGUCCGUUGUGGUUGAGGUCACUGUGUUUCGAGGGCUUUAGUUCUGCUUUGGAACCAUUCUUUCGCCCUAAGUACAAUUUUUCUUUAAAAAAUGCUUUAAAUUUCUUUUAUUAAAAUAUUAUUAUAUGUUUAUGAAUAUAUUAUUAUUUCAAAUAUUCUCUAGAUUUACAGAUUUUUAAUACUAUAUUAUGGAAACCAUUGACUUAAAUAACACUAGUAAAAAAUAGAAAUAAAAAGAGAUAACACAACUUGCUCUAAGUAUAGUAUCAUAUGUUAUUUAGCAAUCGAUUUUCAAAGUUUUAACUUUAUAAUUUCAUUGUAAAAAUCUGUAAUUUCAAUUUAGUUGAAUCAAAACACUAUUUUUCAAAAAUACAUCUCAAGGGAGAUUGUAAAAUUAAGCGAACCAAAAUCCAAAACAAUGGAGACUAUUAAUUAUUACCAGCUAUUAGAAAAGAUUAAGUAUUUAGUGAAAGAUUCUGAGAAUAUUAUUUUUUGAGCCAUUACUUACUCUCUAAAUUACUUAUAUCUGCCUUUACUUAAUUGAGCCAUUAUUUAUUUUAUUAACAUCUAACGCUACAAUUAAGUUCUUUUAAUUAUUGUCAAGAGCGCAUCAAAUGAGACAAAUGCUGCAUGAAAGAAAGCGCAUGAUAGGAAAUUUUUGCAUCAUGCAGAUAUAAGAAAGAUGGAAAAUAAGAAGAUUAUUUUUAUUGAAGGAAAUGCAUUGAUUUAAAUCUUAUUCGGAUUAUAAUCUAACUUAAGAAGUAUUACUAAGCAAAUAGUAAAGAUGUACUGAAAUAAAUUUUGAUUUAAAAAACUGAAAUGUGAGUGAUUUUAGUAUUGUUAAGGUUUUAAAAAAAGGAUCAAAAUAGAGGUUCUUUAUUCUUUGGCGAACAGUCAAGAUUAAGUGCUGCUUUUUGCCUCUCUUUUCUAAGCAGCUUAAGAUUUCUAAGGGAAAAAUCCUCUUUGAGAAAGCAUCUGCCUUCCUCAUAAAACUCUAUCUAGUCCAGUAAUCGAGACAAAUGGCCGCCAAUAAGCCAAAUGCUAUGGCCUCUGGUAAGAGUUACGCAUUUGGACGAUGGACAUUGGCUAAAGCUUUUUACAGGUGAAAUCUGGCUUAAAUGGCUCUUCUAGAAGAAAUUUAACCUUUAAAGCUUCCAUCGUUUUGGUAUCUCUUCUUAACUACGAAACAAAGAAAAUGGAUUUUUUUUGUUUUUAUGGAAACUGUAGAGAAAAUAGAAUUUUCUGGAUUUGCUUUGAUUUGUAAGACUCAUCUAAAGCAGCAGCACAAUAUUUUUUUAAAAAAAUAGGGAUAAUAUAUAAUGCCUAUGUACUAUUAGGUCAUUAAAACUUCCCUUGAAUCUGUAAUAAAUUAGUUUUUAGAAUUAAAUGCUAUGAUAUGAAAACGUAUUUAAAUACCCAUUUGAUAAA